AUGCAAGUCGCGCACCCCUUGGCCACCCUCGACACCCGGUCAGCGUCCUUUACUUCGGGCACAUCCGCCCCGCCGCCGCCCAUGUACAACUCCUCUCAGCACGGCAUGACAACGCAGGCCGGCGCAUGGCGAAGCUUUCCGGAAGCGAACGGCAUGUCGCAUGUCAUGGAGAAACCGCAGAUAUACACGGCCGUUUACUCGGGCGUGUCGGUCUACGAAAUGGAAGUUCAUGGCGUCGCUGUCAUGCGCAGACGGUCCGACUCGUGGCUAAAUGCAACUCAGAUCUUGAAAGUCGCUGGCGUUGACAAGGGCAAGCGAACCAAGGUCCUGGAGAAGGAGAUUCUCGUCGGCGAGCACGAGAAGGUGCAGGGCGGGUACGGGAAGUAUCAGGGGACGUGGAUAAACUACCGUCGUGGCCGCGAGUUUUGCCGGCAGUAUGGAGUCGAGGAGCUGCUUCGUCCACUUCUUGAGUACGACAUGGGCGCCGAUGGUACCGGUCAACCUGGACAGGGCAUAGACACGCCAACCAAGGAGCAGGCCCAGGCGGCGAACCGGAAGCGACUGUACACGGCGACUGUUGACCCUCGUGCGAAUAGUCAGAACGCCAACGGCACCUUCUUCUCCAACAUCUCAUCCACAGCGUCGAACGCGAUCGCUGCUAUGAACAAAGUAGCCAGGCUCAACUCUCCAGCGCCACGGCCAGGCAGCGCUCAGCGAAGACCGGGUGCUGUCAUGGGCCGGCCACCUCAGCCACCUGCUCUAGCGAGCCAGGACUCUUUCCGUGCUGCAAGCCAGCAGAGCAUGCAGAGCAUUGCAUCAGAGCGCAGCUUCGGACCCGGGGACUCGACAUAUGGCACCAUGUCCACGGAACAACAAACCCAAGGAGACAUGGAGCCACCUCGGAAACGAAUGCGGCCGUCAAGUCAAGAGGAGACACCUACCCAGGGAAACGGUGUUGCCGACGUGUCCAUGCGAGAUGGCACACCCACAGAACCGAACGAGUCUUUCGUGUACCAUCAAUCGGCGCACUAUGAUGGCGACGUACCGAUUGCCCUGUCACCCCUUCCACCACCGGGCGACAAGGAAACAGAAGACAAGCAAGCCGUGCUUCUCGACCUCUUUGCAGAUCUCUCCCGCACAGAUUUCUCUACUCAUCCAGCCAUUCAGUCGCUGUCCGGCUCAGACCUGGACCUACCCCUCGAUCAGUCCGCCAAUACCGCGCUUCACUGGGCAGCAACCCUAGCGCGUGUAUCUCUCAUGCGCCUACUGAUUUCAAAAGGCGCCAGCAUCUUUCGAGGCAACGCUGCCGGCCAAACACCCCUCAUGGCAGCGGUGCAAGUAAACAACAGCCUCGACCACAGCUGCUUUCCCGAGCUACUGGAAAUUCUGGGUCCGCUGAUUGAAGUCCGUGACGCACAAGGCCGGACCAUUCUCCACCACAUCGCCGUCGCAUGCGGUAUCAACGGCCGUUCAGCAUCUAGCAAGUAUUACCUGGAGGCUCUGCUCGAGUUCCUUGUCCGCAGCAACAGCGGCUCAAGCGGCCAAGGCGCGUCGUUUGAAUCUUUCAACGUUGCCAGGCCGAUCAGCCUCAUCAGGUUCAUGAGCGAGAUCGUGAACGCUCAAGACAAGGCCGGCAACACAGCAUUGAACCUUGUCGCGAGAAUCGGCAACCGCAGGAUCAUCAGGCAGCUCAUGGAGGUGCAGGCGGAUCCGCGGAUCCCGAACCACAAAGGUCUGCGGCCGAUAGACUUCGGUGUUGGCGAGGAGCUGCCCCAAGGGGGUGCUGUACAAUCAUCAUCGCAGUCGAACCAGGUCGGCUCGCCUACGAAAUCCACCAAAACCACACUAUCCCGCGUCGAAGAGGCGAGCAGGGAUAUGAUGCCAUCAAUGUCUUCCUUCCUCUCUCAAACCGAAUCCCAAUUCUCAGCCGAGAUCCGCCUCAAGCAAGACCAAAUCGACGCCACCAACACCGCCAUCCGCGAGCUCUCCGCCCUGCAGAAGUCCGAACUCCAGAAACUCGAAGCCCUCCAGCGCCGCAUGCGCACCCGCACAGACCGCCAGCAACGCAUCGCGAACCUCCGCCGCGCCAUCGAUGACCAGCGCGCCAGACUUCUGCGUAGCGGCGUAGUCACGGACCCCUCGGCGUUGGCGAACGUCAAGGUCGUGCAGGUGGGCGAAGCGGAUCAAAUGGUGCCUUUGCCGAAGGAACUCAUGGCGGUGGAGGCGGCUGGUGCGGACGAGACCAGAAGCCUGCAGAUCAGCCCGGCGGUCCUGAAGGCGCUCCCUCCGCCGGCAGCAUUACGUAGCAGACUCGAGGCUUAUGCGGCGAACAAGAGCAGCCUGCUGCAUAAGAGCCAGGCGCUCAAAGCGCGCAAUGGCGAGCUAGAGAGGCAGUAUAGGAAGGUUGUCAGCUUGUGUACGGGUGUGGAUGAAAGUAGGGUUGAGGAUGGGCUUGGGAUGCUGGUUCAGGCGGUCGAGAGUGAGGCGUCUGAGGGGGUCGAGAUUGGGAGGGUAAGGGAGUUUUUGAAGAAGGUGGAGGGCGUGGAGGAGGUGUGA